AUGGACGAGCGGCUGCCGCUGCCGAACGUCUUCGGGCUGCUCCUCGACACCAAUGAUCAGGACCAGUGGCCUCCUGAGGCGACCCUCCUCAUCGCGGCAUACGACGGCAACGUCCGCCGCCUCAAGGAGAUAGCGAGGGGCCUGGACGUCAACGGGAGGGGGGUCAACUCGGUGCUACGUCGCACAACCUUCAAGGGCAUGGACGCCCUCCACGCCGCGGCUGGUGGGAAGGGCAAGCUACCAAUCUGCCGAUACCUCGUCGAGGAGGCCAAGAUGGACGUCAACAAGCGUGACACCUUUAAAGGUAAGAGCAUGACACCACUACAGCAUGCUGUGUUCAGUGGGAACCUCCCUAUCGUGAGGUUUCUUCUUGAUCAUGGUGCUGAUCUCCAUCAAGAAGGCAGUCUAGGAGGUCAUGACAGAUGCACUGCUCUUCAUACAGCUGCAGAGAAAGGACGGUGUGAAAUAGCAAAACUUCUGCUUUCUAGGGGAGCUUACGUUGAUGGCAAAUCAUGCCAUAUGACACCACUACAGCUUGCGGUUCAUGGAGGGCAUGAUAGUACUCUGAAGAUUUUGUUGGACCACAAUGCAGAUCCCAACAAGGAAGUAAAUCUGUCAACACCUUUGACCAUAGCAUUGCGCACUCCUUCCUUGUCUUGUCUGAAGCUAUUGAUUCAGGCUGGAGCUGAAGUGAAUGGCAUUGGUAAUCCUUUGGCAAGGGCUGCGCAGGAAGGCUUAACCGAAGCUAUCAAGUGCUUGUUUGAGGCUGGUGCAAACCCCAACACUACUGACUGGUAUGGUAGAUUUCCAAUAGAGUUGGCUGCCGUGUAUGGUACAAGGGAAGAUGUUGAGAUUCUGUUUCCUUGCACUUCCCCAAUUCCAACUGUGACAAACUGGAGCAUUGAUGGAAUAAUCAAUCAUAUGGAACUGGAAAGAAAGCAACGAGAGGAUGAUGAUUUUGUUGAAGCAAGGAAGUCUGAUCUGAAAAGACAGGGUGGUGAUGCAUUUAAAAAGAAAGAUUAUAUAAAUUCCUCAGCAUUCUACACACAGGCAGUGAAGGUAGAUCCUUAUGAUGCUGGAUUGUUCUCAAGCAGGAGUCUUUGCUGGCUCCGCACAGGUGAUGGGAAAAGGGCUUUGCAAGAUGCAGUUAGAUGCAAAAUGCUGAGUCCAAAGUGGGCAAAGGCCUACCACCGCCAAGGACAAGCUCUGAUCCUUCUAAAGGAGUAUGAAAAAGCUUGUGACACACUCUCUGAAGGCUUAGAACUGGACCCUAUGUCUGAUGAGCUCGAUAAAUUAUAUUGGGAGGCAAUGGAACUGAAGAAUGGCAGCACUGGAGCAGCUUAG